CUGGGCCGUCUUAAUUACUUAGUAGUGGUGGUGAACUCCUCUCAUUGGCGCCCCCUCGGAGUCCGUCUCAUCUUCUCUAUCUACACUUGUACACAACACUAGCAAACCGCCAUGGCGCCGCCGCCGCCGUGUUGUGUGCUAGUGGUACGCUGCUGUUCCGGAUCCCUCCCUUCGCCGCCGCCGCCGCCGCCGCCCAGACCCUCUCCCUCCAACAACCUCAGAAUCGCCAGAAGAGAGUUUGUGCUGAGGAGCAGUGAGCUCGCCACGCUCGCUGCCAUCUUCCACUUGAGCGGCACGAAGCCAAGGUACCUGGGCGUGCAGAAGAGUCCUCCAUCGCUGGCUCUGUGCCCUGCCACCAACAAUUGCGUUUCCACUUGUGAGGACAUCACUGACUCCAUUCACUACGCUCCCCCAUGGAACUAUAACCCCAAGGACGGACGCAGGGCUAAACCCAUCACCAAACAUGAAGCCAUCAACCAGCUCAUUCAAGUCGUCACACAAACAAAGCCUGACAACUUCACUCCUCGCCUAGUAGAGAAAACAGAUGACUAUGUUCGAGUUGAAUACGAGAGUCCUAUAUUCGGGUUUGUAGAUGAUGUGGAGUUCUGGUUCCCUCCUGGUAACAAAUCCAUUGUUCAGUACCGAUCAGCAUCUCGAUCAGGAUUCAUUGACUUCAACGCCAACAAGAAAAGAGUCAAGGCGCUCAGGUUGGCACUGGAAAACAAAGGCUGGGCUUCAGAAAGCACCAUCUGAACCUAACCUCAAGGAAGCCAACCCCUCGAGUCUGUACUGGAGUGUGGAUUCUAAUCCCUCGAGGGAUAUCCCCUCGUAUAUCUUUUUCUUCCAAAUUCGAUGCAAAUAGUUGUGAAAAAUUCUAAAAAAAAUUGAUAAUGUAGAGUAUAAUGAUACCUACUAGUCCACCAAAAUUCAUGUUCAAAUUCGAUCUACACAUCGAGAAACAAAAAAGACAAAUUUAGAUAUAAACAGUACGCUAUUAUUCAUACGCUGAAUUUGUCUUUUUUAUAUCUCGACUUGUGAGUUGAGUUUGAACUUAAGAUUUUGUGGAGUUGUAUAUAUGUGUUGUAUGAAUGUUGUCAAAUUUUUCCAGAAUUUUUCAUAACCGUUUAGAUGGUUUUUGAGCAAACAAGGAAACAUCCCCUCGAGGGAUUAAAAUAGUUUUCCUCUGUGCUGUACAGACUGACCGACCGAUUGGCUGGUACAGGCACUCUUCCUUCCUGGCGCUUUUAAUUGCACAUUUCUCCUAUCCUUAAUGGAUUAGUAGACCUUGAUAUGCAA